AAUUACACAUUGUAUUACUCAUGAAAGAAGUUUUAUUUUAUGAAAUAUCUUGAAAUCUAUUGCUUGCUUUUUGAAUUCUUCUCGAGUUAUAUGCAGUAGUCGCCAGUUUAAUUGACUUAAUUAGUGGCGUGAAAAUUGUGAGAUCGUUGAACCUUGCACAUGUCAAGUUCAUAGAUUUUCUAUUUCUUUUUAUAGUUUCAGAAAUGAAAAUUUCUCAAGAUUCAAGAUUAUAAAAAUAAAUACGGCCUAAGUGUGUGUUGCCUAUUUGCGGCGUACUGUCGGAGUUUUGACCCCGUUUUGAUUUCGUCGUUAGUAGCUGUAUGGUGCCGUUAGAUAGCACUAAAAAGGCUAAUAUUCUUUGUGAAAAUCUACCAGUGCACGUAGUUUCUCUUCGACUGGGAGAAUAAUAGAACGUCAAACGUAAUUUGAAGAUAUUUUGGAAAGGUGGAAAUAUCGAUUCGACUGGAAAGGCUUGGCCCGGCGAAUUUUACAGAGUAUACAUGUUUUAUGUAAGGGUUCUACGUGCUUUCUAUUGGUUCACGGACUCGUAAAAAAUAUAGAUACAGUUUUUUUGACGGAAUUUUCCAUACAUGUGUUCAACGUUCUGUCCGAAAUUUGUGAAAAUGAUUGUGUGAACAGUCAGUCGUGAUAUGAAGUGCUGUAACCAGUUUUUGUGCAUUAUGAGAGUGUUAUUGUUCGAAAAACUUGUGUGUACGAGAGAAGGAAAUUGGGAAUAACCUGAAAAUCGUGAGGAUAUAACAUUCCAGUGUUUAAUCGCAACAAAUUUCCUAUUUAAAAAUAUAGUGCUGGCCGAACAAUACAUAAACAAUUUAAUAUUUCAAAAUGUUGCCACAACAAUAUUGUUUGAGAUGGAGAUAUCACCAUUCAAAUCUUCAAACCAUGUUUUCCCAGUUGCUGGAAAAAGAGUCUUUUUGCGAUGUUACUUUGGCAUGUGAAGGAAGGACAAUCAAAGCCCACAAAAUCGUUUUGUCCGCAUGUAGCACAUAUUUUGAAACGAUCCUUUCGGAAUAUGAAGAAAAAGACCCAAUCCUCAUAAUGAAGGAUGUGAAAUUUGUUGAUAUCAGAUGUUUGGUGGAGUUUAUGUAUAAAGGAGAGAUCAAUGUUGAGCAUUGUCACUUGGCUACUUUACUGAAGACGGCGGAGGAUCUGAGAAUAAAGGGUUUGGCAGAGGUUUCCUGGAAAGAUGAGGAGCCGGUGCCUUCUUCGAAGGAAACCGCUGAUUCCAAUGGCAUACAACAGGCCGCGCUGCCACAGGUGACCACGGUCAUGGAGGAGAGUCCGGAGCCCUUUCUGAGGAAGAAGAGAGGCAGGCCUCCAUUAGACGACUACGAUGCAGGUUACAUGACACCACCAAAGAUAUCCCACCACGAUGAUAAUUAUUCCAACGAUGCCACCAGUGAACAGGAUGGUUCAGUGUGGGAUGGUGGUGAACAAGCCAGCGACAUGGUGCAAACCAUGGAGGAACCUCGCAUCAAGGUCAAGAAAGAACUACAGCAGCCUCAAGAAUCCAACGAUUCGUUCACCGACUUGAACGAUUCAAGGCAUGAGGUCAAGCAAGAGAUGUCCCAGAAGAAGCUCAAUUCGUCAUCCAACGUGACCACCUCGAGCGGCCAGUCGUUUUUGACGCCGACCCUGGAGAAGGAAUGGUCCGAUGUUGUCAAGAUGAACGACUAUCUGAGCACCAAGAGAAGGCAGCAGUUCUGGGAGGAGCCGUUCACGAAGAGGGUGAUGGACGCGAUCAAAACGAAAAACUUGGAGAUGAAAGUUGCCGCCGAGCUUCUUGGAGUGUCCUAUGGUACUCUAUACGGACGGUAUAGAGAUUCGUAUGGUUGUUUGAAGCACCCAUACAGAGCAAGAGACUUCUGGAACGAACCCGCCCCCAGCGAGAUUCUUGUCAAGCUGAAGAGAAAGGAAGUAUCUUUGUUCCGAGCGGCCGAACAGUUGAACCUGUCACCGCAGACCCUAUCCACUUUCCUCAUCUCACCGCACCACCAGUUGGAAGACAACUCGCAACGAGCUGCCAGCUAUCCAGCGAUGUCUGAAGGUGAGGAGAUGGAAGAGGACGAGGCCGAUUCCAUCCUCCCCGACCACCCCAACAAUCACCACUUCCAGCAGUUGGUGAACUACGGCAACAGCACGGCCGCCUCUGAUAACUCCGGGCUUGCCAACUGUCCGGACAUCACCAUCGUCAAGAAGGAGAAGAUGGACGAUGGCAAGGUCAACAACAACUCCGACCAUUCUAACGCCAGCGAAGAUCAAAUCAAGUAAUGAAGGAGGCGACAACGAUUGUAAUUAUUCCAUUUGAAGUAUUUAUAAAGACCAAAGUAAUUUUUAUACCUUUCUUCCCUUUCGGUGUCGUUCUUGUAACGUUAAGGCGUCCGGAACUAUAUUCGGUUGUUUCAGAAGGUUUGUUGUUUAUAUGAGCGCUUUCGAAUGAUCACUCUAUAUCAUUUUUUGAUUCUUUCAUACUAAUAGUGUUUCUUCUUCUACCAGAAUAACUGUAGCCUUUUUUUUAAGGGGUUCGCCUGUUUAGUCUGUUGACGUUUUUUAACAUUCAGAUCUUCUCUUCUUGCAUUCCAAGUGAUAUUUUACACAGGGAACUCCAUUUUAAUGUUUUACACUACAUUGAUACAUUAUCCGUGAUUAUUAUUAUUUGGUCGUUUAAUUAUCAUUAUUUGUGGAUCCAAAGGAUUGGCUGUUCACUAAGUAUGUCUUGUUAAUUCAUUUAUACUAAUGGUGUUCUAGAGAACUUGGGAGGUCCGUGUCCACAAGUGGAAAGCUGAUGGCUUAUGAAGCCAUCAGCUGAUUACUGCAGAAUUCUUUUAAAGGGUUUGCUGUUAAGGCCGUAUCCCUUGUUAAAUUUUAUCCUUUGGGUCUUCUUUUAUCGCAUUGAAAAUGAUAUUUCAUCCCAAGAAUUUUAAUGAAAAUCAACUCGUUUAUCUCACUCGAUAAGAUUAACUCGACAUUAGUACAAUAUCUGUACAUUGUACUGAUUUUAUUAAUGUUUUUAUUGUUUUGCUGUUCACUCUUAUUCGUUACUUAUUCGUUUUAUUAUCAUUAUCAGUGGUUCCGAAGGUUUUGCUCAACUAUGUUCUCAUUUUCUGUCAGAAUUAUCGCAGCAUUCUUUUAAUGGGUUUGCUAUUUUUAUCGUUUGGUACUGUAACUCACUCAUUGUUCCUUGCCUUAUGGUAUAUCCAUAUCGGAGCAUGUCAAAGACCCACUAAAAUAGAAUACCUGUCAUUUUAUUCUUAUAGGAUAAUAUGUUUUAUGUCCUCUUUUUCUGUCAAAAUUCUUGCAUCAUCUGUGUUUCGGUCUGAACUCUUGGUUCCGUUCUUAAUCCUUUUUGAUUUUGUUUGUUUCCCGUUUAUUGGUCUUCUUUAAUUCUUUUUGAAAUUAUGGAUAUAAACGAUAUUUGAUUUCAGCUAUACAAUUAAAUAUAUCAGAAAUCGAUCAUAUCUUUCAUUAUAUUUAUAUUUAUUUCAGUUCAAAUGUUUGGUCAUACCAUACAUCUGCAGAUAUGUAUUACGGUAAUGACUAAACAGUUGUCGUGAAAUAAAAAGAGCCAUAAUGAGACAUUAUUUUCAUUCGUAAUCUCAAAAUGAAUAUACCUCAAGCACUAUUUAUACUCAUUUAUGUGUUUGUUCACAAGACCACAGCUAUUCUACAAAAUUCAAAAUAUUUGUGUGUUCUUUGGCCCCUAUUACAAUCCACAAGCAUUCUAAACGAUAAAAUGACGCUAAUGAUAACAUAAGAUGAACACAGUUGAAUUUGCUGCCAUCAAAGGUGAGUAGUGAUAGACUGGUUUCGCUCUUUUUCAAGCCAAACCUGUAUCGCACCCAGUAUUUGUUUUUGUGGCUCAACUUCGAUGACAGCACAUCUGCCUGUGAUUAAAACCUAAUUAACUCUUAAAUUCACUCGGUUUACUGAGCACGAUUUCCAUAAAUUGCCUGAAAAUGAAUUGAAUAUCAUUCCGUACGCCUAGCUGAAAGGGUAUAUAUUCGAAUAUUAUUUAGGUAGUAAUUCUUAGCUAUUAGGAACAUAUCACAGGGUUAACCACACCUGUUCCAAGGACAAUUGAUUGCACUGAUUACAUUGCAAAAAAUCCUAUUCAUAGUGCUUUAAACAGUAGUUUAUAGAAUCAGUGUAUAUGCUCUUUUCAGUAUUUAUAUAUUUACAUUUGAGAACCGUAACUUAUAUAUUCGUAACUUAUCUGUGUCUUUUCGUUAUGACAUUUUUUUUAUUAUCUUAUUUAUCAUUCUCAAUAUUAUUUAUUUCUCUAAUUUUUCUUUUUUACAUUUUAUGCUUAUAUAUGUGAAUUUUUCAUUGCGUUUUUUGCUAAAAAGUAUUCAUUAGAAAUGAGGUCAGUAUUGAAAUAUUAGGUUUAAAUGUUUUCUUUUCAGUAUGUAGCAGUUUCGAUUUUACUUCAUUGUAGUUUGAGGUCUGAGCACUUUCAAACACUGAAAUUGAACGGUUUUUGAAAAAAAUUUACAUCGUAUGAUUCCAUUGUGGAAAUUUUGAUAUCAAUCGAUAUAAAUGUGCAGGAUAUACUAAAUGAUCAUUGUUUGGAUGUGGCUUAAAAUGAAGUAUAGAAAAAUAAGUUCAUGACUCGCAUUCUUUGAUAUAAAAUAUAUAUUGUUCAGAUUCAGGUAAUACCAACAAAGCAAUAAAUAUCAGUGUUACUUUUAACAAUAUUACAGUUUCGAAAUACGUUUAAAAUUUACAUAACAAUUUUUAUAUAGGAUAUUCAUGUAGAGCUACAAUAAUUUUUAAUUCUGACAGUGUUUGAAAAAAUUGUUGUAGUUCGAACCUCCUGAAUUCUCCUAUAGUUUUUAUUUCAGUGAGAAAACGCAACAGUCUUCCAUAAUUCCAUAAUCGAAAAUAUUUCUGUUUUGUGUUUGAUAUUAUUUCGUUCUUUAUUGUGAUCUUUUUCCUACAAUUUCUUUCGAUUCAUUCUGCAGGAAUUGAAAUUGUUGAAAUUCAUUAUUUAGGAUGACCCCAUUUCAAUGCAGACGUAUUUUCAAUAAAAUAGUUUUCCACCGUAUCGAUUAUUUUAGUGCUUGAUUAUAUCCCGAAAUAUUGUUUCGUUUUCACUUUUCCAUAAUGUAUAUUGAAAAAAUAACUCUACGAAGGAGUGAUUAGAUCGAAUAUUAUAUUUUACCAGUGAAUUAAACAUGUGUACAAGGUUAACAAAAAAAAAACCUCCAUUCAUUAUUGAUAUUAUAUCAUAAAAGUAUCCAUUUCAAUGUAAAUAGUAAAAGGCUAUUUUAAUGAAAGUGGUUAGUUAAUUUGUAGAAGAUAUGUGUCUGCAGAUUUAAAAUGAAUUUGUAUUCCAAAAAGUAGUAUUAUAUGGCAGUGUGCGUGGAAGAUAUAAAAGGAGCAUUCAAUAUUUAUGACAUAUUUAUGUACCUAUAUAUUAAUCGUUUACAGAGUAACUUAGAUAGAUUUUGUCAUAUAUUUAUAUUGAACAUUGAAAUAUGUAACUUUCCUAUGACAAACAUCAAAAUGGAAGUGGGCAAACAUACAAAGUUAUCUGAAAUCGUUUUUUAAAAGUUUUACAUCAGUCCUAACAAAGGUAUCCCUUAAAAAUUUUGUAUAUUCUUUAUUUACAUCUUCUACAACUUAAAUCUCAUGUUUAAACCUAUAAUUUUCCAAAGAUCUCCCUGAGUAUACCAUCUACCAUUUUUAAAUUAAAAUCUGAAUUAUAUUAAUUUAAUUAAUUUAAAUCCAAACCUAAACUAUUUUAAUUCAAUUAAUUUAAACUAUAACCUAAAAUAUUUAAGUUUAAUUAAUUCAAAUUAAAAUUGUUAGGUAAUAAAUCUGUCAGAAUUUUGAUGAUGCUAUUUUCUCACAAGUUUAAACAGGUACUUCGAAACUUCUUAAGUUUAAAUUAAAAUCUAUUUGUCCUAUUGCUCUAAUUUUUCUCUAUUUACUAAUCUUUUUUUUUUUACUUAAAACAUUUUUAAAAACCUUUUUAGAAUCUCAGUGCUUCCAACAUGAGUUCUUGGUGUCUUGUGUUAAACUUAGAUUUAAAAAAAAAGGAGUUCUUAGGAAAAUUAAAACCGGUUCCACUAAAAUAUAAAUAUGAGUUUGUUCGCUUCCUCAACACAAUACAUAACAAACUAUAUAUUUAUAUAAUGAUUAUUUGUUGAGUGCCUAUUCAUAAGUUAAUAUAGAAAGUAUUCUAUUUACACUAUUUUAGGUAUUCAUAUUAUAAUGCAUAUGCAAACAGGUUUUCAGUGAUUUUGAAAAAAAAAAAACCGAAAACUGAAAAUUCACCAUACUCAAAAUUCUCCAGAUUGGGUGGAAUAUUCCGCACAUCUAGGCAAUUUCCUAUCAUUAUUAUAUUUAUUUUGUAAAUUUCAAUGCAUGUUGUAAUUUACAGUAUUCAUUGAUCUGUAUUUUAAGGACAUAUAUUUUUAUUUAUAGCAUUGAAUAUUGUUUGGAGAAUUCAAGAACAGUCUUUUUUUAUAUCAGUGAAUUAGAACCAAGUGAUGAUAUGUUAGUAUACUUUUGCCUGUAAUGUUUUAUGUAGACUUUUUUUAUUUAUUAAAUUUUUGAUAUAAUGA